AUGCCCCGCUCUUCGUCCGAAGCCGGCGUCCGCAAGAGGAUGCGCAAGGGCACCCACAGCUGCUUCGAAUGCCGCCGGCGCAAGAUUCGCUGCAUCUCCAGCGACGAGCAUCCCGGCGAGUGCACCGAGUGCUUCGCUCGCGGGUCGCGCUGCAUCGACCAGGAGCACGCCGAUCCAGAAGCCAUCGUCGAUAACAGAAAGAACCUCCGCGAGCGCGUCGCCAAGCUCGAAGCCCUCAUCGAGUCGCUCCUCGACGAUCGCUCGGCCACCGGCGCGGCCGAGACGUUGAGGCGGCUGGGCGCAGACGUCCUCCCGCGAACCCCCCUCUCGGAUGCGUCGUCGGGCCCGGCCGGCCAGAGCAAGGCCCCCCUCAUGGCCAUGUUCGACAGUGAAGCCCUGGGCCGAGGUGAGCCCUCGCAGCCCCCUGCUGGCCCCGCCAGAAAGCCCGAUCCUCCCGUGCCCGUGGCCCCUACCGCCCAGGUCUACGACUUCGGCGGCAUGCAGCUGUCGUGCGAGUGCGAUGACAUUGGAAUCCCCAAGGUCAAGAAGUCCAAGGAGAAGCGCACUCGUGACAUGCUCCUCACUCUCCUCCCGUCCAAGGAGGUGGUCGAGGAGGCCGUCACCACCAACGAUGACUGGUGGCGCGUCUGGCGCCACAAGCUGGGCGGUACCGCCCGUGGGAGGACCCUGCAGCAGUUUGCCGUGCAGACCCUCGACAAGGGGAGCCCCGCCGAGGUGGGCGUCUUGCUCUUGUGCAUAGGCGUCGCUCUGGACCUGGAAAACCUCAACAACUCGCUGGCCUUGGUCGAUGCCUUGAUCAUAUCAGACGAUGAAUACGCAGCCACGGUCGAGGGCAUGGAGUGCGCCAUUCUGGUGUCCAAGUGCUACUCGGAGAUUGGCCAGCCGCGGAGAGCUUGGCUUGCCUCCAGGAAGGGCCUGACGUAUGCGCAGCUCAUGGGCCUCCAUCGAAGUCAUGCAACCAACGGGACUUGGGAUAGCGUCUGGUGGAGCCUGUAUCAGACAGACCGCUUCCUGAGCCUGCUGCUCGGUCUCCCCUACGGCGUUUCCGACGCCCACUGCGACAUGAACUACUUUAGCAAGGACAAAGACACCGACGGGCAGCGUGACUUCAUGCUGAAGCUGUCGGUCUUGGCUGGCAAGGUCAUCGACCGUACCCAGGGCGUCCAUGAGCUGUCCCUCGGCGCCGCGCUUGAGCUCGACCAGGAGCUCGACACGCUGAUCGACUCCAUGCCCGCAGGAUGGUGGGACACCCAGUCCCAACUCCAACACACCAUCGACCCCGUCAAGACCGUGACCUUGCGCGAGAGGCUCCUGGCCCAGAUAUGCUUCCAACAGCUUCGAGUGUACCUGCACCUGCCGUUCAUGCUCCGGUCUGCUUCGGUUCCCAACUCGGCAAAGUUCGAGUAUAGCCGUACCACGUGCUACAGUGCCUCCAGAGAGCUCCUGACACUGUACCACUUUCUCCGGGGCGGCAACGGCGAGCCGCUGUACGAGUGCAAGGUCAUCGAUUUCGUCGGCUUCACCGCCGCGGUGCUGAUAAUGCUGGGCCUCCUCGGGUAUUCUCGGCUGCACAAUGCCAACGGCAUGGCGAACCAUCAAAUCUCGAACACGCUUACAGAGGAGCAAGAUUGGCGGCUCAUCGAGAUGACCAUGGACAUAUUCGGUCGCGCUUCCAACGAGAAGGGCGGUAAAGUUGCAGCUCAAAGCCUGAAGGUGAUGCAACAGCUGUCCAGCCUGAGGAACCGAGACGUUGCGAGCGAGGACACGGAAUGCACGCAGAGGAUCGUGAUCCCCUACUUUGGCGCCAUCACAAUUCGCAGGGGCAGCGGCGCGGGCCGCAAGUCCACCAGGGAGAGUACUGGAGCAACGAGGCCCACGGGAACCAGCAACGCCUCCCCACCAGCCGUGGCCUCCGGUGUGGUAGCAUCUGCGCACGGCAUGUCCCCCCCGACAGCCAUCCAACAACAACAACAACCUUACCUUCCUUCACCGUCCACCUCUCAGCACCAUAACUCCAACGCAAGCUCGGUGAACGGCGACCCCAACGGCCUCAACAAUCCCUACAUCGCCUACGACCCCUUCUUGUUCCACGGCGCCGUCGAUCCGCAGUCGUGGGCGGCGGGAGAGGAUGGUCUCGAGAGUCUGAUGAGCGGCAGCCACGGUGGACCGUGGCAGAACCUUGCAUCCAACAUGGAUCUAGAUCAGGAUUGGGCAUGGUAUAUGGGCGAGGCGCAGGCUGGGGGCAUGCAGCUGCCGGGGCAGCAGGCGAUGCCACCGACAUGA